AAUCUCUUGUUUUGACCUGAAAUAAACAGCACUUUUAAGCCUUUAAACCUUAAUUUGAUACAAAUUUUUCAAAGAUGGAUAGACUAUCCCUUUAAUCAAAAACAGGUUGAAAGUUUUACCACUACACAAGAAUCAGCGUAAUGUUUUGUGCAGCACCCACAGGGWGGACCACGUUACAUCCAACCCCCAACUGCAACAUCCUCUGAUGUGUCGUGACACCAAUCAGAUUAACACUUUCCCUCCCAACAGCAUCCUAAAAAAACCACAAAAAACAAGAAGGAGCAAAUGAUUGAUCUCGCUCGUGUGUCUGACUCCGCACAGGUCACUUUGUCCUGCGAGUCUUAAUGAGUCAUGACAGGAGCCUGGAGCUGUCCUCCCACGCUGCUCCAGCCCACUCCCCUCCUUAUUUGAGGCGCUGCUCCUGAGCUGCAGAUCUCAGAGCAGCAGGGAGGAACAGUCAGAGCAGCUCUGCGUGUCCCGCUGCCGCGGAGAGGACAGGAGCUGGUCCCACAGCUGCUUCAACUCUUUCUGACUGAAAAAAAAAAAACAUGCACAACAUGAGACUCAUCUUUUUGUUUGUGGCAGCUCUCUUUACAGAAAGCCUUGCCAUUCCAGUGGGCAAAGAAGAGCAGAAAGAAGAUGUGGUAACACGGUGUUUGGUGGAAGUAUUGUCCAAAGCUCUCUCCAAACCGGACACUCAGCUGCACCAGGAGUGCAAAGACAUUAUUCGAGCAGGGAUCAGUCACGCCCCAAUGGAGAAGAAAAACAGUGAGGGGGCUGUAGCUCAGGAGGAGGUCCUGGAAGGUCAUGCUCAGGAACCAGCAGACGUGAAAGACAUCGAAGCACUCUUGAAAUCUGUGGAAGAAAAAAGGGAACAGCCUGAAGGCGAGCACGGCCAAGAACCCUGGAGUCUGGGUGAUAAGAUGGUGAUGAGUGAAGGAGGAGAACAGCGGGAGAAAAGGAGCGGAUGGAGGCCUGGGAGGUUCCACCAGAGGAAAAGCAAACGGGGAGAGGAAGAGGAAGAAUACGAGCGAAGUCAGGAGAGCUGGGGAGGGAUGGACAAGAGGUUGAAGGAAGAGCCAAGAACCCUGGAGUCUGGGUGAUAAGAUGGUGAUGAGUGAAGGAGGAGAACAGCGGGAGAAAAGGAGCGGAUGGAGGCCUGGGAGGUUCCACCAGAGGAAAAGCAAACGGGGAGAGGAAGAGGAAGAAUACGAGCGAAGUCAGGAGAGCUGGGGAGGGAUGGACAAGAGGUUGAAGGAAGACGAAGUAGAGGAGGUGGAUGAGGAAAGUGAAGAGAGAGAGAAGAGGGGCUGGAGGCCUGGAAGGUACUACCAAAGAAAACACAAACGAGACGAGGGAGAAGAGGAGGAGCCAGAGGAAGAACACAGCCAAGAGUCCUGGGAUGUGGACAAAAAGCAUGGGGAAGAGGACGAGGAGAGAGAAAAGCGCAUAUGGAAACCCACACAUCGCUAUCAUCACAAGAAAGGGCUCCACAAACGCAGCGAUGAACCUUCAGAGGGAGAUGGAUAUGAAGACCGUAGCCAGGAAUCUUGGGAUCUUGACAAGAGGAACUGGAAGCCUGGCAGGUUCCACCAGAGAAGACACAAACGCAACGAGGAGCUUCCAGAGGAAGCCAUGGAAAAUCCUGAUGAAGAACGCAGCCAGGAAUACUGGGAUUUUGAUACUGGGAUGGAGAAACGGAACUGGAGACCUGGCAGGCACUACCAAAGGAAACACAAACGUGACGAAGAGCUUUCAGAAGAUCUCGAUGAAGAACGCAGCCAGGAAUAUUGGGACGUUGAACCUGGGAAAGAGAAGAAAAACUGGAAGCCUGGAAGGUACCACCAAAGAAGACACAAACGAGACGAGAACCUCCCAGAAGAAGCCUGGGAAGAUCCUGAUGAAGAACGCAGCCAGGAAUACUGGGAUUUCGAUACCGGAGUGGAGAAACGAAACUGGAGGCCUGGCAGGCACUACCAGAGGAAACACAAACGUGACGAAGAGCUUUCAGAAGAUCCCGAUGAAGUACGUAGCCAGGAAUACUGGGAUUUUGAUACAGGAAUGGAGAAACGGAACUGGAGGCCUGGCAGACAUUACCAAAGGAAACACAAACGUGACGAAGAGCUUUCAGAAGAUCCUGAUGAAGAACGCAGCCAGGAAUACUGGGAUUUCGAUACCGGAGUGGAGAAACGAAACUGGAGACCUGGCAGACAUUACCAGAGGAAACACAAACGCGAUGAAGAGCUUUCCCAGGAAGCCAGAGAGGAGCCAGAGGAGGAACGCAGUCAGGAGGACUGGGGCAUUACCAAAAGACACGGAAAAGAAGAAGAGAUCGAGAAGCGGAUAUGGAAACCGACACACAGAUACCACCAUAAACUGAAGCUUCACAAGAGAGGAGAGGGAGGUUUAUCAGAAGAAGAGGAGGAGAGAGGGGAUUCAGAGGAGCAUGCAGAGGAGGCAAAAGACAGCGAUGAAGCUCUGAGGUAUCUGGCUGAGAAGCGCAAUCCGUGGAUUUACAGAGGCUUUUACCAUCCUUCCUGGUAUAAAAGGGACUCAGAGGAACCUGCUGCAACACCAAACAAGAUGGAUGAACUGGCCAAGCUGCUGAGCUACAAGAUUAACCAGUUGACUAACCACUCCGCUCCGGAGGAGACUUUACACUCGAGAGCGCUCACUCCACAGGAGGAGAARAAGCUGGAAAACCUGGCAGCGAUGGACACGGAGCUGCAGAAAAUUGCAGCCAAGUUGCAUGACAGGACUGCAUAAYCCUGCAGCAUUUUAAGACCAUCAGCUAUUAAGUCUCCAUUUUACCGUUUGUCUGCCGACUUAGUGUUCUUAGUGUCUCAAGUGACAAAAUGACGUAAAAMCUCUGAAACCAUGCCAUUUUAUCAAGCUUUGUUGGCCGUUUUUUUGUGACGUUAUGAUAAAUUCAUCAGCAUGGGAAUGAAAUGGAUGUUUAUGUGUAUUGUCUGAAAAAUGUUUAAAAAAAUAAAGAAGAAAAAAUAAAUCCAAGAUAAAUGA